CUGGACUGGAGGAGGAGAGAGAGCGAGAGCGAGAGUAGAGUAGUUGAGUAGAGUAUUCUGUGAGUAUACUGUGCUGAUACUGCGAGUUGUGAGUAUACUGAGUACUGUGAGUAUAGCACAGAGAGAGAGUCAGCUUCCUCAUCGUUGACUCUUCACUCAAGCAGCAGCAGCAUCGAUCAGGUUGUACAUCAACAGGCAUCAGACACAGCAAGGACAAGGACCAGCAGAGACCAGCAAGACAGGACCAGCAAGACACAGGCGCUCCCUUGCUACAUCAUCCUGCGCAUUGAUCCAGACACGCAGCAAGACAUCAAUCUCCAGCACACAUCAAGACACGGCAUUCAACCACUGACUAAUCCAUGAGCAGCAACAACGCCAUGGACCUACGGGUCGGCAACAAGUACAGGAUCGGUCGCAAGAUCGGCUCAGGCUCAUUCGGUGACAUCUACCUAGGCACCAACAUCAUCUCCGGCGAAGAAAUCGCCAUCAAGCUCGAAUCCGUACGAGCAAAGCACCCUCAACUCGAAUACGAAGCACGCGUCUACAAAGCACUCGCAGGCGGCGUCGGUAUCCCGUUUGUGCGCUGGUACGGUACGGAAUGUGACUACAACGCCAUGGUCCUCGACUUGCUCGGUCCAUCCCUUGAAGAUCUCUUCAAUUUCUGCAACCGCAAAUUCAGUCUCAAGACCGUCUUGCUCCUUGCCGACCAGCUCAUCUCCCGAAUUGAGUACAUUCAUGCCAAAUCCUUCAUCCACCGCGACAUCAAGCCCGACAACUUCCUAAUGGGUAUCGGCAAGCGUGGCAAUCAAGUCAAUGUCAUUGAUUUCGGUCUAGCAAAAAAGUACAGAGACCCCAAAUCCCACAUGCACAUUGCCUAUCGAGAAAACAAGAAUCUCACUGGUACGGCGCGUUAUGCUUCCAUCAAUACACACUUGGGCGUUGAGCAAUCUCGACGUGAUGAUUUGGAAUCAUUGGGUUAUGUGCUCAUGUACUUUUGUCGAGGUUCUCUUCCCUGGCAAGGUCUGAAAGCUGCCACCAAGAAGCAAAAGUAUGAUCGUAUCAUGGAGAAGAAGAUGACCACGUCGACGGAAUUCUUGACGCGUGGCUUCCCCAAUGAGUUUGCCAUUUACCUCAAUUACACGCGUUCAUUGAGGUUCGAUGAUAAGCCGGAUUACUCCUACUUGCGAAAACUCUUUCGCGACUUGUUUGUGCGAGAGGGCUUCCAGUAUGAUUAUGUGUUUGAUUGGACCAUCUUUAAGCAUCAAUCCUCUCAACAACAACAAAAGCAAAUGUUGAUGGAUGAACAGGAAAGGAAGCGAUCGGGUGAAAUUCCUGAUGCAGCUGCUGCCAAUGCGGGACAACCUGCAGCAACGGGCGCUAGUGGUGCAGGUCGUCAAACAACAACCGCACAACCACAAAGUGGCAUUGUGAAUCCACCACGCAGGACUGUUCGACAAGUAGCACCCACCACGCAACCUGCUCAACAACAACAGGUCUCGGGAGAUGGUGCUGAAGGUGGUGCGGGUAGUGAUCGUAUGUUGAGGAGUGCAAGCAAGCAACAACCUUAUGCAACGUAUGGUGGUACGGGACAAGGUUCUGCAGGUCAACAACAACCCGGUGCUGGCGGUGCCGGUGGCUCUCAGCAGUAUUGGGCUUGAUUUUUCUCCCUCUUUUUUUGGUUCAGGUUGGCUGUUGUCUAUGGGUUCUUGAAGAUCCCUGUAUGGAUGGUGGAGAUGCUGCCUUGGCUUCAAGAAGGCUGAUGGUUUCAAGGAUUGUGCCUGCUUCGAGGCUUGCACCGUCGCUUACAAGUUCAGUGUUGCCAUGUCACCAGCCCUCUCUCCUACACACUGCUCGACACAGUCCAUGUGGCCCGUCUCGAUUGCAGAGGCACCUGUCGACAGACACACACCAUCACCACGAACCACUCCCUCUCCUCCAACAAGUUCAUCAAGUCGAC